AUGGCUGCGUAUCAACAGCUGGCUCAUAAAGAGCUGUUUGCCUUGCAAACUUUGGACAGUGUUCCAGUUGACAUAAUAGCGACAGACUUUCAACAGGAAAGACGGACUGCAAUACCAUGGUAUCUGAAUGGGUGCUUGCUGACUAAGGCAUUGAUUUUCGGUGUAAUCUUUUCAUGGACUUUGGUGGUUAUCUACCAGGUUAUAAGAGUGUCCUCGUAA